ACUUGCGCAGUUUUAUUGAUUGUGCUCGUGCUCCAGGCAAAUGCAGACUCCGAAAGAUCUCCCGUCCAUUUCCUCCAAAAUAAACAAAACAAAAUGUGUUAAAUGAUGUGGUGGUGGCUGAAUUUCGGACUGUUUUUGUCGGUUUUGGUUGGUUUUAGUCACACGAAUCCAGACGCCAAACGGCUCUACGAUGACCUUUUGAGUAAUUAUAAUAGGUUGAUAAGGCCGGUUAGCAAUAACACUGAUACGGUCCUGGUCAAGUUGGGCCUAAGACUAUCGCAACUGAUCGAAUUGAACUUGAAGGAUCAAAUUUUGACCACGAACGUUUGGCUCGAACAUGUAACACGUUCAAAUUUAUUUUUUUGGCAAUUUUUUGAAAAUAUUUUUCAGGAGUGGCAAGAUCAUAAAUUCGUGUGGGACCCCGAUGAGUAUGGCGGUGUCACCGAACUGUAUGUUCCUUCGGAACAUAUCUGGUUGCCUGAUAUUGUGCUCUACAACAACGCUGAUGGGGAAUAUGUGGUCACGACAAUGACCAAAGCUGUGCUGAGACACACAGGGAAGGUUUUAUGGACGCCACCUGCGAUUUUUAAGUCGUCGUGUGAGAUUGAUGUGCGGUAUUUCCCCUUUGACCAACAGACGUGUUUUAUGAAGUUUGGGUCGUGGACCUACGAUGGCAAUCAGAUCGACCUCAAGCACAUCAACCAAAAGGUGGGCGAAGACAAAGUGGAAGUGGGCAUCGACUUGCGUGAGUACUACCCCAGUGUCGAGUGGGACAUUUUGGGGGUCCCUGCCGAACGUCACGAAAAAUACUACCCCUGUUGCGCCGAACCAUACCCAGACAUCUUCUUCAACAUAACACUCCGUCGAAAAACCCUCUUCUACACCGUCAACCUCAUCGUACCAUGUGUCGGAAUCUCUUACUUAUCAGUCCUAGUAUUUUACCUCCCGGCCGAUUCCGGCGAAAAAAUCGCCCUUUGUAUCAACAUCCUCCUCUCCCAAACCAUGUUUUUCCUCCUCAUCUCCGAAAUCAUCCCUUCCACGUCCCUCGCCCUCCCUUUACUCGGAAAAUACAUCCUUUUUACCAUGGUUUUGGUCGCCUUCUCGGUCGUCAUCACCAUCAUCAUCCUAAACGUGCAUUACCGCAAACCCAGCACCCACAAAAUGGCUCCGUGGGUGCGCAGUUUUUUCAUCAAAAGUGUCCCAAAACUGUUACUCAUGCGCGUCCCGAAAGACCUUCUAACUGAACUAGCUGCCAAUAAAAUUCCUUCCUGUCGAAUGGCCCUCAAGAAACGAGAGUUGGAGUCGAUGCCUUCUGCCGGCUCGUCCUCAUCGAGCUCCUCCAGCUCGUCCAGAAACCGGGCCAGUGGAUGCAACGGCCUGCACUCGACCUCGACCACCAACCGGCUCCGGGGAUUCACCGGAGCUUUGGGCAGUCGCUUGGGGUAUAACGGACUGCCGUCGGUUUUCUCCGGACUGGAUGAGAGCGACUCCGGGACCCGGAAAAAGUAUCCGUUUGAGUUGGAGAAGGCGAUACAUAAUGUAAUGUUUAUCCAACACCAUAUUCAGAGGCAGGACCAGUUCAAUGCGGAGGACCAGGAUUGGGGCUUUGUGGCCAUGGUCCUCGACCGCCUCUUCCUCUGGAUCUUCAUCAUCGCCUCGAUCGCCGGCACGUUCGCCAUUUUGUGCGAAGCGCCGGCAUUAUACGACGACACGAAACCCAUCGAUAUGGAACUAUCGUCAGUAGCCCAACAACAAUUUCUACCUGAAUUAGAUUUCUAACGCAAUAAUAAGUUCGAAUAUCACCGUCAAUAUGUAUCGUUAGUUAUUAUUGUAUUAAACUAUAAUACGAAAUUA